AUGAGCGACGUUGACUCUGAGGAACUUCAUGAAGGACCAACAAUCGGUACCUAUGAGGGCGAACGUAAUGACAAGGGUCAACGACACGGCCAAGGCAAGAACUUGUUUCCCAAUGGGGACUCAUAUGAUGGCCAGUAUUCCGAAGGAUUACGAGGUGGUCAUGGAACAUACAGAUGGAAGGUCUCUGGUGCUAGAUAUGUUGGAAGCUAUGCAGAAGACAAGAAGCAUGGAGAAGGUCUACUAGUAUAUCCAGAUGGAAGCAAGUAUAGAGGCGGCUUUGUUGCUGGCAAACGAAGUGGUUUUGGUACUUAUUUGUAUGCAAAUGGUGAUGUCUACAAAGGUCAUUGGGAAGAUGAUGCAAAACACGGACCAGGAGAGUACACUUACGGUGCUGUUGGAAGCACCAAGAAGGGCAUUUGGGUUCACAAUAUGCUAAAUGGAUCUGGCCAAAUCAUUCAUGCCGAUCAUCACAUUUCUGGACACUGGGCCUCUAACGACCUUAUGGUUGCACCCGUUAAAAUCACCUUCUUGUCAACUGGUUAUACCCAAACUUGUGCCAAUCCCAUCUAUCUCGGAGUCGCCGCAGUCCCAUCCGAAAUCACAGCCUAA